AUGCACGCCUUCGGGCCUCCCGCCGAGCCGCCCCUCGCCCGGGAGCUGCUGGACGCGGCUCUCCGCCCGCCCGCCGGCGGUCCCUACGCGUGGCUCGGCGGCCCCGCCGCCCCCUACCCGCCCGCCGCUCCGUUCCCACCGCCGUGCCCAGAGCGGGGCUGGACGUCGCCGCUCCCGCAGCACGAGGGGCCCCGCCCGGCACGGCCGCCCUACUCGUAUUCGGCACUCAUCGCCAUGGCCAUCCACAGCGCGCCGGGCCGACGGAGGACCCUCAGCCAGAUCUACCAAUACGUGGCCGAGAAUUUCCCUUUCUACAAGAAGAGCAAGGCGGGCUGGCAGAACUCCAUCCGACACAACCUGUCCCUCAACGACUGCUUCAGGAAGGUCCCGCGGGACGAGGAUGACCCGGGUAAAGGCAACUACUGGACGCUGGACCCCAACUGCGAGAAAAUCUUCGAUAACGGCAACUUCAGGAGGAAGAGGAAGAGGCGUCCGGAGGCUGGAGACGGCGGUGGGGCUGUGGGGGGCUCCCGUGUGAGCGCAGCCCCCGGGCACGGCCAGAUGCACUGAGAUGGAGGAGGAAGGAGUGUUUUUGCGAUGCGUAACUGUACAUUUCUGAAAGCACUUCUCUCUCAUCCAUAUACCCAGACAGAAGAAGGGAAGAUUUUUCACUUGAGCGUGAUUAUUGCUGUGCUUGCUGAGUGAUUUCAUCCUGCUGUCUCUGUCAACAUCUUAGUUCGUUUAUGAAUGUCAGAUUUUGACAGAACUGGUACAUUUUGUUUUAUUUUCAUUGAGAUCUUAACUUGCACAGUGCUGCUACUCAGGUAGGGUCCAAACACGUUAAGCUCAGGCGUUUUCCAAUG